CGCGAGCACGCACGGAUCCGGCGUCGGACCGCGCGCGUCUCCCUCGCGUCGUCGAUCCGUUCCCCUCCCGCGGCGCUUCCGCGCGAAGGGAGAGUAAACCCAGGGCGCACGCGAGCGCGCGCGGAGACGUCAUGGUGCUCAUCUACAAGCCCGAUUUCGUGAAGCACAGCGACGGCGCCCCAAUUUUCAGCGUCGAUUGUCACCCCGAUGGCUCGCGCAUGGCGACCGCGGGCGGGGACCAGAAAGUCAAAGUCUGGAACCUCAGCGCGGUGAAGAGUCGCGACGUCGAGGGCGACCCGAACGUCCCGAAGAUCCUCGCGACGCUCUCGGACCACUUCAACACGGUGAACUGCGUGCGAUUCAGCCGAAACGGCCGAUUCCUCGCGUCCGGGUCCACGGACACGCAAGUGUUCCUGUACGAGAAGCGCCCCGGCCCCGGUCGCGCCGCGUUCGGGAGCAGCGACGAACCUAACGUGGAGAACUGGGUCAACGUGAAGAACCUGAAAGGCCACGUCUCGGACGUGAUCGACAUCGCGUGGGCGCCGGACGACUCGAUGCUCGCGUCGUGCUCGCUCGAUAAUUUGGUGAUCGUCUGGGAUCCCGUCACCGGGCAGAGGGUGAAGACCCUGAAAGGGCACAACUCGUUCGUGAAAGGCGUCGCGUGGGACCCGAUCGGGAAGUUUCUCGCGUCCCAGGCGGACGACAAGUGCUGCAUCAUCUGGAGAGUCGACGACUGGAGCAUCGUGUCGAAGGUCACGGAGCCGUACCAGUCCUCCAUGGGCGCGACGUUUUCCCUGAGGCUGUGUUGGUCCCCCGACGGCAAGGCCGUGACGACGUGCAACUCGUACAAAAAACCGAGUCACACCGCCUCGGUGCUCGAAAGAGGCGACUGGGGGAGCAAGUUCGACUUCGUCGGACACAAAGGCCCGGUCGUGACCGUGAGGUUCUCCCCGUCUCUGUUCAAACCUGGCGGCGAGGACGCGGCGGCGGGGAAGAAGAAACCGCCGCACACGGUCAUCGCGUGCGGAUCUCAGGACUGCAAGAUGACCGUCUGGGCGACGAACCGACCGAAGCCGGUGUGCAUCGUGAAGACGAUGUUCACGCAGUCCGUCGUGGACACGUGCUGGUCCCCCGAUGGGUACUCGCUCAUCGCGUGCAGCACGGAUGGCACCAUCGCGGUGUUCACGUUCGACGAGGCGGAACUCGGCGUGGCGAUGAGCGACGCGGACACGCGCGCGUUUUUGAACAAAGAGUACGGGGACUUGCGCAAACGCGGGCCGAUAUUGGAGGACCCGAGCUUGUUGCAGUACGAGCAAGCGGCGACGCCGACGAAGGCGCUGCCGCCCGCGACGAAAGCGCCGGUCCCGGCGCCGGCGACGAACGGCGCAGCGAGCGGGAAGGCGCCGAAGCGCAUCGCGCCGACCGCGCUCGGAGGCCCCGCGACGAAUAGCAACCUCGCGCCGUCGCCGUCCGCGCCGGUCCCCGCGCCCGCGGGCCCGCCGACGUCUGAGAUUCAGCUCGAGACGAGAGGGAGCGACGGGAGGCGGAGGAUCAUGCCGGUGCCGCAGGGCGGCGGCGCCGCCCCCGCCCCCGCGGGCGGCGCGCGACGCAUCACGCCCGCGACGACGAACGGCGCGUUAUCAGGGAUGGGAUCCCCGCCCGCGAUGGGCGGGUCUUCAGCGCUGAAGCGGAGGUUAGAGCCGACAGCGAUGGGCGGCGUCAACGGGUUCGAUAACCCGAACAAACGGAUGAUGACGUCGCACGAGCACUCGAGGGGCGCCGGGGACUCGCGCGGGGGGGGCGGAUACGGCCCGCCCGUGAUGAUGCUCGCGCCCGGAGGACACGCCGGCGCGGCGUCGUUACCCACGCGCGCGAUUCCGAUCACGCUGCACUGCCAGCUCGAGUCCGGGAGAGACGCGAGGGAUCCGUUCGCGGCCGCGGCGGCGGACGGCGCGACCGUCGGGGAGGACUCCCUCGGCGCGGCGGACGCGCCCGUGAUGUUGGAAGCGAAAAACGGCGAGCGGCACUGCGACUUAAUCUGCAGCGCCGCGGGGGUCGUGCGGUGGACGGAUCGCUGCGCGGAAUCGCGCGCGACGCACCUCGUGGGAUCGCCAAAGUUCGCGGCCGCGUUCUUCGAGAAUGGCACCGUGCAGCUGUACACGCCCGCGGGACGACGCGCGAUGCCGCCGCUCGUCUUGCCCGGCAAAGCCGCGUUCGUCUCCGCCGCCGCCGGGCGCCUCGUCGCCGUCUUCAGCGAGUGCACGCUCCUCGUGUGGGAGCUCGGCGUUCCAGGGGAGGAGCGCGAGGUCGCGAGGGAGUCCGUGGCGCCGCUGCUCACGGGCCCGAGAGCGCCGCCGGCGCCGCCGAUGAUCGGCGUGCGGCUCGCAAAGUGCGGCUCCCCGAUCGCGCAAUUCGCGGACGGGCACUCGUACGUGUUCCACGGCAAGUUGAAGUCGUGGGCGCGCGUCGCGGACCACUCGUUCCCGAGGAGCGAGUUCACGACGCGCCUGCGCAUGCCCGGGGCCGCGGGCGGGGAGCUUCACGCGCUGCAGAUGGCCGCCGCGAGGGCGUCCAUCGGGAUGGGUCCGAGCGCGUUGCUGAGCGGCGGCGCGCCCGCGCCGCGACGAGAGACGGGACGGCACCUCGAGUGCUUGAUGGCGUCCGCGGACAUCCUCGGGUCGUCCGCGGAGUACCGGUCGUGGCUGAAGGCGUACGUCCGGCACCUCGCCGCGGAGGGCGCGGAGGACCAGGCUGUCGGGCCGCUGCGGGAGCUGUGCGUGUCCAUGCUCGGGCCGCUGAGCGGCGGCGGCGGCGGCGGCGGCGCGGACGGCGAGCCGGACGGGCCGGCGACGCCGGGGGACGACGACGCGCCGGGCGGCGACGGCGCGUGGGUCGCGUCCGUGGCUGGCGGUCUGAAGAAGCGCGACCUUCUGCGCGAGGUUGUGUUCCCGGCGUUGGCGCAGAACCGCGGGUCGCAGAGGUUGUUGGGAGAGUACGCGGAACUUCUCACGGAGGCGGACAAACGCGGCGUACACUUCGCGAAGAUGGAAAACGACGCCGGGAGCGGUCCCGCGACCGCUCGCGGCGGAUCGCCGUCGAUGGAUGCGCAUGUCGCGACGAUCGCGCGUCCCGAGGACCCGGUCGACGCGAAGCGACGACGAUUGGACGCGCCCGCGUCCGCGCCGACGCCGAGUUCGACGCCGAUCGCGGAGGACGAGGACGACGCGACGCGGCGGCGAUCGAGCGAGGGCGCGGGACCGAGCGCGGACGCGCGACCGGCGACCGCUCGCGACGCGCGCGCGGUCGACGCGAACGACGACGCCGAGAUGAUCGCGAGAAGGCCACCAUCCGGACGGACCGACGACGACGCGUCCGCGCUUCCCCCCACGCCGCGGUGGCCGUCGAACCCGUCCGAGCUCCGAGACGCGCUCUCGCGCCGCCGCGUCCUGGACCCUCCGCGAGGAUUCAAACCCGCGGAGGUCCCGCGCGCGCUCCUCGCGGGGCUCCCCGUGUCUUUCGUCCUGACGCUCCUGCCGCACGGAUUCGCGCUCGGAAAACCGCGACCGGACGUCGCGACGCCGCCGCCGCCGUUCCGCGACGCGCUCGCGACGAUCGGCGAGCGCGCGAUUGUUCACCCGUACGAUCGCAGCUCGAGGGCGCUUCUGCAGGCGAUCGACGCCGGGCGGCUCCCGCGCGCGCUGCUCGACGGCCUCCCGCUGCGAUACGUCGACGGCGCGGCGUUGGCGGAGGUGCACGACUACCGCGCGUGCGGCGUCCCAGGCGAGGUCGCCCUCGGCGCCGCCGUCGCGACGACGAGAGGGGGGCGGGCGACGUGUAAGUGGCGCGUCGCGGUGUUGCACUCCACGAGCGCGACGGUGGCCGCGGACGCGGAGGAGAUUUGCGGGCAGUUGGACGUCGCGGCGCCGGCGGACGGGGCGGGGUACCGACGCGUCGACGACGACGGCGGCGGCGGCGGCGGCGGCGGCGGCGGCGGCGCGACGCGCGAGAAGAGCGCGCUCGGGAUGAUGAUGAAGAAGAAGAAACUCACGGACGCGGACGCCGCGGCGGCGCACGCGGCGCAGCUCGCGAGGCGGUUCGCCGUCGAGGGCGCGUUGUUAAAAGCGACGUCCGCGCCGCUGUGUUUGGACCCGUCCCUGAGAGUCGCGGCGGAGCGACGACGCGCGCACGCGGCGGCGUACCACGCCGCCGCGCCGUUCGGCGGCGUCCCCGCGACGUUGCUCUGGUCGACGCGGACGCGGACGCCGCCGCGCGCGCCGAGCGCGGAGGAACCCUUGUCGUUGUGUGGGGAGAAACCGAACGUCCAGCGGUGGCUCGCCGCGGCGCCGGCGCUGGAGUCCCCGCCGCCGCCGCCGUCCGCGGCGGCGCUCGAGAGCGCCGCUCGCGCGGAGGACGGCGAAGACGCCGCGACGUGGGCGUCCGACACGGGCGCGCUGUGGGCGUCCACCGGAGACGCGGAGGAGAAACCGUACGCGGACCCUCUGAACGGACGGACGGUGUGGGGGGACGCGAUCGACGCGACGGCGACGGCGGCGGCGGCGACGGCGGCGACGACGGCGAUAAAACCCGAGUCGACGACGGCGACGGUGAAAACCGAGACCGAAACGACCGCGGUACCAUCGAUCGCGCGCGACGACGACGACGAGUACGACGAGACCGACAUCGGCGCGGACGAGAGGAACGCGGGCGUUCUCCGCCUGCGCACGGCGACGAGAAUGGAGGCGUGGAAGACGCUCGCGGGAGACGGCGCGAGAGCCGCGGACGCCGCCGCGAAACGCGAGGAGAAGAAGGUUUUCGCCAAAGAGCGCGAGGACGCGGGACGACGCGCCGUCGCGAGCGUGACCGCGGCGGGCGUGAACGGCGUCGUGAGCCCCGACGCGAUCGCAGAGGCGACGCUGAAGAAGACCGAGAGCGAGCAGCCGAUCACGAUGAAGCAGCGGUACGAGGCGGAGUGGUUGAGGUUCCUUCCCGCGGAUCAAGCGAGUCGCGUGCGACCGUUGCGAUACGCGGGGGUGGCGUACCCGGACGGACCGCCGUCCCCGCGAGGGCACGACGGCGACGACGACGGCGACGACGCGCCCAGGGGGAUUCGCGCGGACUCUGAGGUGAAGUUCCAGAUCGACGUCGGCCCCGGCGCGGUCGACGCCGCCGCGGACGACGACGGGAGAGACGACGGGACCAUCGUCGAGCUGCCGCCGUUUCGAGGCGAAGACGCGGGGAAGUUUAUGCUCGAAUUUCACAAGCUCGCGGCGCGGGAGGGUCUCGCGCACUAUCACCACGGCGUCGAGACGGACGGCGGGCGAGCGAAAUUCGUGGGGAUCACGCAGCAGCAUCGGCGGAAUUCUGAAGCCGCGGCGGCGGCGCGGGCGCAGCAGCGCUCGAGCCCGUUAUCGGGACCGCCGCCGCCGGAGGCGAUCACGGAUACGCACCCGGAGCCGCCUCGAUUCGACUCGCCUGGGAUUCAUUAG